AUGACAUUCAGCGAUGAAGACGGUAUUAAACUUGCCUUGAAGGAGGCUCAAAAAGGUUAUGAAGAUGGAGGCAUUCCUAUUGGCGCAGCUCUAGUGUCCGAAGAUGGUACUGUUUUAGGCGUUGGGCAUAAUUUGAGAAUUCAAAAAGGUUCGUCAGUGUUUCAUGCCGAGAUGUCAGCUCUUGAAAAUGCCGGAAGAUUGCCAGGAAAGACAUACAAGAACUGCACUAUGUACACUACCCUGAGCCCUUGCCAUAUGUGUAGUGGGGCUUGUUUGAUGUACGGGAUUAAGAGAGUUGUCCUUGGAGAAAAUGAAACUUUCCAAGGGGCUGAAGAAUUACUUAGAUCUAAGGGUGUUGAAGUUGUCAAUGCCAAAAACGAUGAGUGCAAGGAGUUAAUUUCCAAGUUCAUCAAGGAGAGGCCGGCAGAUUGGUCUGAGGAUAUUGGUGAGUAA